GUGAUUCUACACUAAUGGUUCUUGUGUUAUUUUAAUGUAAUGGAUGUAUCAAGGGAUGACACAGAGACCUCUGGCUCUGAGCAAGACAGUGAGCCAGAGCUGCCAGGAGAUGUCAUCAAGCCCCUCCCUACUGUAUCAAGGGAUGACACAGAGACCUCUGGCUCUGAGCAAGACAGUGAGCCAGAGCUGCCAGGAGAUGUCAUCAAGCCCCUCCCUACUGUAUCAAGGGAUGAUUCAGAGACCUCUGGCUCUGAGCAAGACAGUGAGCCAGAGCUGCCAGGAGAUGUCAUCAAGCCCCUCCCUACUGUAUCAAGGGAUGACACAGAGACCUCUGGCUCUGAGCAAGACAGUGAGCCAGAGCUGCCAGGAGAUGUCAUCAAGCCCCUCCCUACUGUAUCAAGGGAUGAUUCAGAGACCUCUGGCUCUGAGCAAGACAGUGAGCCAGAGCUGCCAGGAGAUGUCAUCAAGCCCCUCCCUACUGUAUCAAGGGAUGACACAGAGACCUCUGGCUCUGAGCAAGACAGUGAGCCAGAGCUGCCAGGAGAUGUCAUCAAGCCCCUCCCUACUGUAUCAAGGGAUGACACAGAGACCUCUGGCUCUGAGCAAGACAGUGAGCCAGAGCUGCCAGGAGAUGUCAUCAAGCCCCUCCCUACUGUAUCAAGGGAUGACACAGAGACCUCUGGCUCUGAGCAAGACAGUGAGCCAGAGCUGCCAGGAGAUGUCAUCAAGCCCCUCCCUACUGUAUCAAGGGAUGAUUCAGAGACCUCUGGCUCUGAGCAAGACAGUGAGCCAGAGCUGCCAGGAGAUGUCAUCAAGCCCCUCCCUACUGUAUCAAGCACCAGAUGUGCUGUUCCAGAAGAACCCAACGACAUUUCAAGAUCCAGAGAAGAGGGUCCUGUACAGCCGUGUUUGAAAACAUUUCCCAGAGCUCAGCAUGGUUCUAGGAAAAGGGCUUUCUCCAGCUCCUGGUAUAAAGGACAAUGCAUGGCUUGAAUGUUCUGUAAAUCAAGAUUCGACUUAUUGUUUCGCCUGUCGGCAUUUUUCUCUGCCCAA